CUCCCCGACCGUCGCCGCGGGCCCGGGACUCGCUCUGUCCUCUCUGCUUCCCACCCGGGCUGGGGCGGCGGCGGCGGCGGCGGCGGCCGCGGGGGCGGCAGAGACCAUCUCGGGAGGAGGCAGCCGCGGCGGGGCCGAAUCCUAAUGCACCUGGCUAACUGGUGGUGAGCAGGGGCUUUGGGGCCAACGUGGUGGGCUCCCCAAGGAAGCCCCUUUGAAACCAAUGGAUGCAUUCACGGGUUCGAGUCUCAAGAGGAAGUUUGAUGAUGUGGAUGUGGGCUCAUCAGUUUCCAACUCAGACGAUGAGAUCUCCAGCAGUGACAGUGCUGACAGCUGUGACAGCCUCAAUCCUCCUACAACCGCCAGCUUCACACCCACAUCCAUCCUCAAGCGGCAGAAGCAGCUGCGGAGGAAGAAUGUCCGCUUUGACCAGGUGACCGUGUACUACUUCGCCCGGCGCCAGGGCUUCACCAGCGUGCCCAGCCAGGGUGGGAGCUCGCUGGGCAUGGCCCAGCGUCACAACUCCGUACGCAGCUACACACUCUGUGAGUUUGCUCAGGAGCAGGAGGUGAACCAUCGGGAGAUUCUCCGUGAACACCUGAAGGAAGAGAAACUCCACGCCAAGAAGAUGAAGCUGACCAAGAAUGGGACAGUGGAGUCGGUGGAGGCCGAUGGCCUGACCCUGGAUGACGUCUCAGACGAAGACAUUGAUGUGGAAAAUGUGGAGGUGGAUGACUACUUCUUCCUGCAGCCCCUGCCUACCAAGCGGCGACGAGCUUUGCUGAGGGCUUCAGGGGUCCACCGCAUUGACGCCGAAGAGAAGCAAGAGCUUAGAGCCAUCCGCCUGUCUCGGGAAGAGUGUGGUUGUGACUGUCGCCUCUAUUGUGACCCAGAAGCCUGUGCCUGUAGUCAGGCUGGGAUUAAAUGCCAGGUGGAUCGCAUGUCCUUCCCAUGUGGCUGUUCCCGGGAUGGCUGUGGGAACAUGGCUGGGCGCAUUGAAUUCAAUCCAAUCCGGGUCCGGACUCAUUACCUCCACACCAUCAUGAAGCUGGAGCUGGAGAGCAAGCGGCAGGUGAGCCGCCCGCCAGCCCCAGACGAGGAGCCGUCGCCCGCCGCCGGCUGCAGCCUGCCCGGGGCGCAGGGCUCCGAGACGCAGGACUUCCAGGAGUUCAUUGCCGAGAACGAGACCGCGGUGAUGCACCUGCAGAGCGCGGAGGAGCUGGAGCGGCUCAAGGCGGAGGAGGAUUCCAGCGGCUCCAGCGCCAGCCUGGACUCCAGCAUCGAGAGCCUGGGCGUGUGCAUCCUGGAGGAGCCCCUGGCUGUGCCCGAAGAGCUGUGCCCGGGCCUCGCAGCCCCCAUCCUCAUCCAGGCCCAGCUGCCCCCGGGCUCCUCCGUCCUGUGCUUUGCCGAGAACUCCGACCCCGCGGCUGCCUCGGCGGUGAACAGCCCCUCCUACUUGAACAGUGGGCCCCUGGUCUACUACCAGGUGGAGCAGAGGCCGGUCCUGGGGCUGAAGGGAGAGCCCGGCCCGGAAGAAGUCCCGGCCUCCUUCCCCAAGGAGAAGGAUCUGAGUGUCUUCUCUCUCCCGGUUACCUCACUGGUGGCUUGCGGCCCCACAGACCCCGCUGCCCUGUGUAAAUCAGAAGUGGGGAACGCGUCCGCCCUAGAGGCGCUAGUGCCCGAAGAUUGUGACCCCGAGGAGCCUGAGAGUGAAGACCUCCGCCCCUCCUGGCCCCCCUCGGGCCUCCCCUUCCGCACGGACCAUGAAGAGGGCUGUGUGGCGGAGAAGACCUCACAGCAGAGCGAGGACAGGCCCCCCGAAGAGUCUUCCCUAGAACUCCCUCUGGCAGUGUGACCCAGGGAUGGCGGGCCUGCCUCGUACCCAUUCUCUAUUUAUUCCCUUAUUUUAUCUAACACCAUUUCAAAACAAAACUGUAGAAG